AGGAUCCCUGAGUGAAUCUCGCGUGUACCGUCUUAAUCUGCCCCUCAUUCAUCCCGUCCUCGGUACGCCGUAUCGGCCACUAGCAAAAGCCCCCGGUCACUUGCGUGCGCGUCUCCGGGUACCUUUGUUAGCAUAAAAUGGCGUGAGCUUCAUAGCUCAUCCCAAGCUCCUCGCUCUCACCUUUGUCAAACUCCGAUCAAGGAGGAUAGACAAGAUGGAAAAGGUGGAAAUCACAGCUUUGCCGGCGGGUGCUUCUGCACCACAAACCAGAAAACGCAGGUCCUGGCAUCUCAGGGCGGCCUGCGUUGCUGGUCUCGUCUUGUUCGCGGGACUCUACCGCCUUCAUUCAAAGCCCCAUCUUCCUCAUCACCCUGACCAUGACCACGACCACCGCCAUCACCACCACGGCCAUGGCCACAAGAGAGCCUCUCCCUAUGGAAAAUUCCCCAAGCCAGAUGAUCCUUUCCAUUUCCUUCCAUGCACAAGUGAGACGCUUCCUCCUGCUCUUGACGACAACCGUCCGGUGAAGAGCUGGUCGAAGCUCUUUGACCCAAAUCCCAACCACUGGAGCUGGGGCAAUAAGACGGACGAAGACGCGAAUGCCAUUUCAAAGCACGACCCUUACGCUGGACGCGGCAUCUACUUGUGCGGAUGGCUCGAUGUCCCGCUCGAUUACACCAAUGCUUCCGAUCACCGCAUUUCUCGACUUGCCGUGACAAAGUAUCAGGUUUCUGGACUCGCCCCUGUUCAUGGCCGCUCCAAGCCAACCACUGGCCACAAGAGCGAGCGAACCAUUGUUGUCGAGCCUGGCGGUCCCGGUGGCAGCGGAACGUCUCUAGUCUGGCGAUCCGCUGAAAUCUUCACUGAGCGUCUCAGCGGUGGCGCAUUCGACGUGCUAGGAUGGGAUCCCCGAGGUGUCAACACGACUCUUCCCGCCCUAUCUUGCUUCCCAUUUGACGCCGAUAGAGAUCACUGGUCACUGCUUUCUGGACAGUACCGCGAGGUUCUCGGUUCGCCAAGAGCUCAGCUCGAGGUUGCCGAUGCCAUGAACCAGGCAAUCUUCAAUGCCUGCUAUAAGACGCAUGGUGAUCUGCCUCGGUUCGUCAGCACGGCCUUUGUUGCACGCGAUUUGGAAGAGAUUCGCAAGGCUCUCGGAGAGGAUGAACUCACGGCACAUAUGAUCUCCUAUGGCACGGGCAUUGGGCAGACGUAUGCAAACAUGUUUCCGUCGAGCGUUGGCAGGAUGAUUCUGGACGGCACUGAGUAUGUCAAAGACCACAGGCUUUUGGGUGGUUUUGGCUUUACUGCUCUGGACAAUGCCACUGAUGCAUGGCAUGAUGGCUUCCUUGGGGAGUGCAUCAACGCGGGGCCCGAGCAUUGUGAUCUGGCGAAGCCAGUUGAUGGCAAAGCUGUCACUCUAGAGAGUCUAGAAUCUCGUAUGGAGACCCUCGUUACUUCUCUCAUUACGCGACCUGUGGUAGGAUAUACAUCCUUCAGCGGACCAUCCAUCAUCACGUACUCUGCCUUGGUGGGUGCCAUUUAUAGCUCGCUCUAUAAUGCAUUCUCAUGGCCCGCUUUAGCAUCCCUCCUCUACGAGUUGGAAGCUGGAAAUGCCACCCUUGCCUCCGCCAUGCUCGAACAUUCAGCAUGGGAAUACGAUCCUACCCUGCCAGCCAUUCCCAACAAGAGACCUUCAACUGACGAGCUGACCUUUUUGGUUAUCUGCUCGGAUGGAUAUGACGCCGCACUGCCCGAGGACGGCCUCGACUGGUGGGAAUCUCUAUGGGCGAACAUGACUGCCAAAUCCUGGAUCUCGGGUAACUCUCGCUUCUUCUCUGUUUUCCCAUGUCAGCGCUUCACAGAGUACUGGCCCACCCCAGCCGAAGUAUACCGCGGCGACUUGAACGUAACACUCAAGAACCCCGUCCUCCUCAUCGCGGAAACAUAUGAUCCUGCCACGCCGCUCCGAAACGGCCGACGACUGCUCAAUGAAAUGGGUACCAACGCUCGCCUGAUUGCGCACCACGGCUAUGGCCACUCAUCGCGAGACAAGUCCGACUGCACGGAUGCCAUUGCGAAGAACUUCAUCCUGCACGGAGAACUACCUGAUGAGCAGGAAACCGCGUGUUACGCGAAUGAGAAACCGUAUCUGUACGGCGUGGACAAGGGCAAGGCGGGCGAGAAGAAGGAUCCGCUGGCGAUUUGGAGCGAGCACAUCAAGGAGCUGCCAUACCUUACUCCUCGUCUGAUUUAGAGAGAAGAAAGUGUAGCGAUCACAUGCCAUUUUUACUGUUAUUUUGCCUUGGAAGGAUAGUUGAGCAGAUGAUUUGUAAAGCAUGAUGUCUUGUGUAUUACUAUAUCGUCCUAAGGGUAUCAUCCGUUUAUGUAAAACAUUUAAUCAAACACAACUUACCUAAAAGAAAUGCACCUCUUAUUAAGAAGGAGGAAAUACUAGUAGCCAGCCAUCUAUAGUCAAAACUCCAGAGGCAUCCCAUCUAAGGUACCAUAGGGCUGACAUGGGAUGGGCACCAAGUCAGGGGGGGCACGUUGUCGUACAUACGCAGUUAGCUCAUUUCCAGCCUCACUUCCAAACACCACCGAUUAAAACAAACGCCCAUUAACCAAAUAAGGCGGGCGAUUAAGAAAACAAAGAAACCAUUCGCAGAAUAAAGAAGAAUUUAGACAAUUAUGCAAGGGGUCGUGACGUCAU